CAUGUGAUUUAACAACCAAGGGCCAGCUCAGAAGUGGUUUUGCACACACCAAAUUGAGCCACACAAGGUUUUGCCACCAGGUACUGGGGAUAUGGCUCCAAAAAGGGUCUCAGGGGAAAGAAGUCUCGAGGUUGUAAAUACAAAGACACUUCUGGGCACAGAUUGUGGGUGAGUACUCUGGAGAAGCCUUGCUGUGUGCUGACCCUGGGCUUGUGCCAUUCCUGCAUUCAUUUGGCUACACAGACCUUACUCUGCCCCCUGUUUGAUCAUCAGCUGUAUUUGUUCCUAGUGUUCUGCACCUGAGAAAAUGUUCUUGGCAACUCAGGAGAUACAAAAUGCUGCUCCACUGACUGGCCAGACUUGGGGAAUAAUAGAAAACAAUAGAAAAUAAAUUGGUUUCUUCCUAGCUUGCCAUCUCCCCUGGUGUCAGAGCUGGUGUGUUCCCUCUGCUGCUGUCACCACCCUUAUGGCAAAACUGAUUUACAGCAGGAAUCCAGGCUCCCACCUUGUGUUUGGAAUAAAAAGGGAAUUUUCCCCUGUAAUUCUCUUAGCCAUGAAGAUGGACAUGACUUCACCUUGCAGACCCCCUAGCCACCUCUUCCCCAGCACUGCCCAGGCUUUGUCUUUUCAGAGUUCCACUGUCUCCUGCAUUUUGAAACAGGGCUGGGGUCUGGAGCAUCAUCUCACUUGGGUUUCUAAAGGUGGAUUUGUUUUUCCUGCUUUUGGAAAUGGCUGGAAAGCUUGGUCUGCAGAGAUCUUGCUCUCCACUGUUUCAGGGCUGCUGGAGCCACAUUUAUCCCUGGCAUUUAUCCCAUCCCCUGUCAUGGGCUCCAGGGUAGAGACCAGGGUGAACCUGACACCCUCACACUCCUUGAUACCCCAGCUUCACUCCAAGCACUUCAGUGAAUGUCCAGCCACCUGCAGCAACUCCUUCCCACCACCUUCUCCACUCCUUGGUUGUUCUGGAAUGAGGAAUGUUCUCCUGCCCUCGGCUUCAGAUCUGAAGGAGCCUGUGCACCUCGGCUGCUUCCACAGGGAUUGUCUCCAAAGAAAGUUCUCAGCCAGCUGUACAACACAAGGACUAAGGACACGUGGGGUACCCACUCCCUGUGUCAUGCCCUGGGAGAGGGUUUUGAGCCUGUUCCCUGAAGUUCCUGAGAACUGGAGUCACUCCUCACCUCACAUGUGCAGUCUAUGCACUCAGGGCUUAGAGGACUCUCUCUGGAAGGGAUGCUGACUCUGCCCUUGCUGAUACAUUCAGCCCUUGCUGAUGAUCCUUCUGGAAGCAUCUCCUGUGCCCAGGUGUGUGUAACCUGAGAUUCUCCUUUCUCCUCCUCAACUCCUGGAUAACCUCAUAAGCCCAUUCCUGGCCCUGAAAAUGUACACUGGGUCUGAGGUCUUCUAAAGAGGGCAGGGUUAGAUGGGAU